GUUAACUUGUUGAGGCCUAAAAGCGGGAAAAACAGAGAUUUGGGACUGAAGAAAUUCAGAGCUCUCGCAGAAGGAAUCAACUCUAAGACAUAAGGCGCAGGGAUUCCCCUGAAGUAAAACCCGUGGAAGCCCUCUGAUAUCCAGCCCUCCCAAGAUGGAAAAUUUGUCAAGGCAGGAAUUAGAGGUUAUCCAUGAAAUUCCCCUCUACCGGCAUUUUGUGGAGAACUGGGCCCAGGUGGAAUCAUUCCAGGCCAGACCAGAUGACCUUCUCAUUUCCACCUACCCAAAAUCAGGCACAACCUGGAUUAGUGAAAUCGUGGACAUGAUUUACAAUGAUGGGGACGAGGAGAAAUGUAAACGGGAUGCAAUAUUCAAUCGAGUCCCUUUCAUGGAAAUGAGCUUCCCUGGAUUCCUAAGUGGCACAGAGCAGCUGGCUACAGCGCCAUUGCCUCGGAUAGUGAAGACUCACCUCCCAGUUCAGCUCCUCCCUGUCUCCUUCUGGGAGCAGGACUGCAAGAUGAUCUAUGUUGCCCGAAAUGCCAAGGAUGUGGCUGUCUCUUAUUACCAUUUCUACCAGAUGGCAAAGGUACAUCCAGACCCUGGCACCUUGGAUGAGUUCCUGGGGAAGUUCAUGGCUGGGAAAGUGGCUUAUGGAUCCUGGUACGAUCACGUCAAAGGCUGGUGGGAGAAGAAAAAGGCCUAUCGAAUUCUGUACAUGUUCUACGAGGACAUGAAAAAGGACCCAAAGCGCGAAAUAGAGAAGGUGCUCCAGUUUCUGGGAAAGGACCUGAAGGAGGAAGUGGUGAAUAAAAUCCUCCACCAUACCUCCUUCCAGGAGAUGAAGAAGAAUCCUACUGUCAACUAUGAAAUGAUGCCAACCUGGGCUAUGGACCACACUGUGUCUCCAUUCAUGAGAAAAGGGAUUUCAGGAGACUGGAAAAAUUACUUCACCGUGGCUCAGAAUGAGAGAUUUGAUGCGCAUUAUAAAGAGCAGAUGAAAGGCUCGACAUUCAGAUGCCAAAUGGAGAUAUGAAGAAAGGGCUUUCCUAUGUUUCAUCAGAUGAAUGCUAGCUGUUUAAAUACUAAGAUGGGUGAACUAGAGUGCCUGGCCUUAUAUGACAAUAUUGAUAUAAUAGGUGGAACUUGGUGGAAUGAAGAUAAUCAGUGGGUUUGCAAUAAUACAAGGGUACAAAAUAUAUAGGAAUGACAGAGCUGGUGGGGGAGUGGCACUAUAUGUGAAAGACAGCAUAGUCAAGUAGAGUAAAAAUCUAAAAUGAAUUAAACUGAACCACAGAAUCUCUGUGGAUAGAAAUUUCAUGUUUGAAUAAUCAGUAUAGCAGUAGGAAUAUACUACCCACCACCUGAUCAGGAAGGUGAUGGUGACUUUGAAGGAGUUUAGAGAGGCUAUGAAGACAGAAAACCCAAUAAUAAUGGCGGAUUUCAACUGUCCUCAUAUUGACUGGGUACAUGUCACCUCAAAAAGGGAUACAGAGGUAAAAUUUUUAGACACAUUAAAUGACUGCUUCUUGGUGCAGCUCAUCCUGGAACCCUCCAUGGGAGAGGCAAUUCUUGAUUUUAAUCCUAAGUGGAGCACAGGAUAUGGCCAAGAGGUAAAUUAUAGCUGAACGUCUCAGUAAUAGCGACCAUAAUGUAAUUAAAUAUAACAUUCUUGGAGGGGGAGAAGUGUCAAAGUAACUCACCACAAUAACAUUUAACCUCAAAACAGGGAACUACACAAAAAUGAGGAAGCUAGUUAGACGGAAAUUAAAAGGAACAGUUACAAGAGUGAAAUGCCUGCAAACUGCAUGGAGACUAUUUAAAAGCACCAUAAUUGAGGUAGUAAAAGGACCAAAAAAAUUCCACCAUGCUUAAGCAGCUGAGUAAAAGAGAUGGUUAGAGGCUAAAAGGCAUCCUUUAAAAAUUGGAAGUUAUGUCCUAGUGAGGAAAAUAGAAAAAAAGCAUAAACUCAGACAAGUCAAGUGUAAAUGUAUAAUAUAACAGACCAAGAAAGUGUACUUAGCUAGUUGCUCUUCAAAUUCUAACAGCAAAAAAAUACAUCAGAAAGCGUGCCAAACAGUGAGUGGACCCACUUGAUGAUCGUGUUGCUAAAGGAGCACUCAGAGAUGACAAGGCCAUUGCAGAGAAGCUAAAUUAAUUUUUGCAGUAGUUUUCACUGAAGAGAAUGCAGGGCAGAUCUCGACAUCUGAGCCGUUCUUUUUAGGUGACAAAUCUGAGGAACUGUUGAUUGAGGUGUCAGUAGAAGAGGUUUCAGAACAAAUUGAUAAACAGUAAUAAGUCACCAGGACCAGAGGGCAUUCAACCAAGAGUUCUGAAGGAACUCAAAUAUGAAAUUGAAGAACUACUAACUGUGGUUUACUUAAAUCAGCCUGUGUACCAGACGAUUGCAGGAUAGCUAACGUGAUGCUGAUUUUUAAAAAAGGCUCUGCACAAUGUAGUAAAAUGGUUAAUAACUAGAAGAACAUAUGUGGCAGCAGUGAGGUCCAGUGGCUAGAGCACUGGACUGGGAGUAAAGUGACCUGCACUCUGACAAUGACCUGCUGUGUAACCUUAGCAAGUCUCAUAACUGUUCUGUUGGUGAGAUUUCUGUGCUGCUGCCAUAAAUUAGAGCUACUCUGAUUUAUGCCAGGGGCCACUUUGGCUCCUGAAACAGCUUUAAGCUACCUUGGCACCUCCCCAUCCAAGCUGCAAAAUCCCACCUUUUGUCUCAGUUUUUCCCUUCUGUACCAUGGGGAUGGUGAUGCUUAAUGCACUACUGGAAGGUGCUCAGAUACUGUAUGGCUAUAAAAACCUAAUAGAAUAGAGUGCUGG